GGUUAUGUCAUGCAAAUGUAUUAAAAAAUGUCAUUUUAAUAAACAAAUACAUUUCAGAAGCCAAAAUGCGUUUAAUCACCACUUACUUUCUCGUAUUCCUGAUCACUGUCAUCCAGGCAUUUUCGAAUAAAAGUCACACAAAUAACUGGGCAGUGCUGGUGGAUACAAGCAGGUUUUGGUUUAAUUACAGGCACGUAGCCAAUGUUCUAUCGAUAUAUAGGAGUGUGAAACGUCUUGGAAUACCAGACAGUCAAAUAAUACUUAUGAUAGCCGAUGAUAUGGCUUGUAACCCGAGAAAUCCUCGACCAGCUACAGUAUUUAACAACGCCGAUCAGCACAUUAAUGUCUACGGAGACGAUGUGGAGGUGGAUUACAGGGGUUACGAGGUGACCGUGGAGAAUUUCGUGAGAUUAUUAACAGGAAGGUUGCCCCCGGGCACGCCUCGGUCGAAGCAACUGCUCUCCGACGAAGGCAGUAACGUGUUGAUAUAUCUAACGGGCCACGGGGGCGAUGGUUUUCUUAAAUUCCAGGAUUCCGAGGAAAUAACUAGCCAAGAAAUGGCAGAUGCAUUAGAGCAAAUGUGGCAGAAACAAAGGUAUAAUGAAAUAUUUUUCAUGAUCGAUACCUGCCAAGCUGCAUCGAUGUACGAAAGAUUCUAUUCACCAAAUAUAUUAGCCGUUGGUAGUAGUUUGGUUGGAGAAGAUUCGUUAUCGCAUCAUGUAGAUUCUUCGAUCGGAGUCUACAUAAUCGAUAGAUACACUUACUACGCAUUGGAGUUUUUGGAAAAAGUUAAUCCUCAGAGCGACAGAUCGCUAAGCGAAUUCUUGAAAGUUUGCCCUAAAAGCGUGUGCAUAUCUACAGUGGGCGUUCGUAAAGACCUGUACAAUAGAGAUCCCAGCAGAGUUCCUAUAACGGACUUCUUCGGUUCUGUUCGACCCAUAGACAUUCUUCAUGAUAUUACUAAUGUAACUCUCGUACAACGAAAACGGGCCAAGAGCAAGAAACCCAAAGCUAAACCAAAGAAAUACAUGUACGUAGAUCCUCUUGUAAACUUUAAUUCUUUGAAUGUUUAAUAAACACUACUUGGAA